AACAAUAAACGAAGCGUCUUUUGAACUUGUGUGUGAGCUGUCCACAGCAACAUCCACAGUAGAAACAAAUCUCUAUGCGAUAAUGGCGAACAGCACUCGGAGUUUACUCGAAAGCUCUUAUGAUAUCGGUCCAUGUGACUCGACACAGUCAAGUUCAAUUGUAGAACAGCUUCAAGCGGUGAAGGAUAAAGAAAUCUGCAUGGUAGACUUUAGGAAUUGCAUCGUUUUCCAAUGCAUAACAUGCAACACUGUGCUUGGAGACUCUCUCGGCGUCUGCGGGGAAGUGGAGAGCAGCCAAAGUGUCAUUUGUUUGAAAGUUACUGAGGAUGUGAUGGUGAAUGAAAAGCACGAGAUGUGUUCGAGCGGUCAGCUGGCUUCCUCCACCUACCAAACCCUUCUCUGCACUGGCUGUCAUGAUGCUGUUGGCUUGGUUCUUCAUUCCACCCCGAAGCACCUGUCUGCUUUACGAAAUCUCUUCCUUUUACGAAAAGAGCUGAUAAACUGCUACAUUCUAAGAAGCGGCACAUGUGUUAAAGCCUCCAAAAUCAACUUCAAACACAGACUCAUGGACAAAAAUAUCAAAAAGCUGAAGGAGUACUUAGAAACUAAACUGAAGCAGGUAGACAUUCUGGAGCAAAUGAUGGAAAAAAUGUGCACACAUGACGUGAACUAAAAUUGCAGACUUGGAAGAUGUAAAUAUUUUUAUUGGAUAACUUUUUUGUUAAAACUUUAAAUAAAAUUAAUAUUUUUGUAUUGUA